CAAGUCGCUUUACGUUCGCAUCACUUUGUUUAGUUUAGUAGUUUAGUUACCAACUUACCAAUUUAUUGACAGCUGUGGAAGUGUAAUACAAGUGUCAUUAACUGCUUUGGAGGAAAAUAAAUAAUAAUUUUUAAUUUAUUUUAUUUAGGUAUAAUAUGUUGAUAUUUAAGUGCGGAAUAAUAACAUUAUCUUCAACAUAUAUUUUAUCUGUUUGCUUUCAAGUUGCACAAGACUCAAACUCAUUGGACAUUGGCCUUGCUUUUUUGUACAUUGCCAGUGGAAUAAUAGCUGGCAAAAUCAUUUAUGACCGAUACCAGCAAAUCCAUGUGCUAGGCUCACUAACACCAAAUCCAAAUGUUACCUCAUUUGCAAACAGGAUUGCUUCCUUUUCGGCCUCCUUUGUGUCACUGGGCUUCCUGGUUUAUUUAUUUCUGUUUCUAUUUAAGGUGGAUAAUCAUUGCCUUACGGCACUGAGUAUUUUUAUAUGCGGAUUUGGAACUCUAUAUAUAUGGAUGCAGUGCAUCAUAACUACCUAUAUUUCUACGUUGUAUUAUGACAAAUAUUUAUCUAUUCUAAGACAAUGUCUAGCCAACGUGAGCUUCCUUAUACUAGUUGUAAUGGCGAUAAUUGGCACCGUCACUUCUUUUUUACCGAGAAGUGGCACCAGUGGUAUAUAUUUUUGUCUUCUCAUCACUUCCCUGUGUAGUUAUAUACUUGCAGCUAUUUUUUGUGUAUUUAUAUUAUCAUUUGAAAAGGAUUAUACAUAUUUUUCCGAAGGAUUAAGGUCAGAGUAUCUUUUGGAUGAUGCAUGCUCUUUAAAUACUACAUCAUUAGGUGAUGUGAACAGUAUAUAUGGGACUCAAGAGUUGAACUCAAACACAAAAGUCAUAAAGGGUAAUAUUAGCUGUGGCAAAAUCUCUUGACCAGAGGCCGU